AUGAUCAUUCGACAGCUCAAUCUUCAACACCUUCCAAAAAAAUUCUUGCUCAGAUCGAAGCAUCCAAAUAGCAUCUCUUGCUCGUUCUAUCAUGGACACCACCUGCUCGAUGAAAUUCCCGAGCCACCGUCCAUCACCCGUCUCAUGCUCAAUCUCAUUCAUCAAAAUCGCCAGGCUGAAGCAAUCUCUCUUUUCAAGAGACACCUCACCGAAGUCGAUGAAUCAGACAUUGCACUUGCUGCCAAGGCCUGCAUUGGCCGCCCGAAACUCGGCCCUCAAGUUCACGGUUUUGCCGUUGUUUCUGGUUUCACGGCAUAUGUCUCCGUGUGUAAUUCCUUGAUGAACAUGUACUGCAAGUCGGACGACUUUGGGACAGCUCUGCGUAUAUUCGAGCACGCAAAGAACCCAGACACCGUUUCUUACAACACGGUGCUCUCUGGCUUUGAAAAUCACAUAAAUGCGCUCGUUUUUGCUUGUGAGAUGCAUUCGGCAGAGGUCCCGGUUGAUGCGGUGACUUGUACUACCGUGCUUGCUCAUUGUACAAACGGCCUCGAGUUCGAUUUUGGAUUCCAACUGCAUUGUCUGACGUUGAAGUCCGGGCUGAAGACCGAGACUUUCGUCGGGAAUGCACUCGUGACAUUGUAUUCCAAAUUCAGCAUGAUAGCAGACGCUCGUUUAGCAUUUGAUGAAAUUCCCCAAAAGGAUUUGAUCUCGUGGAACGCAAUCCUCUCGGGAUACGUCCAGGAGGGAGGCCAGCGGCUAGAAGCUCUCUCGGGAUUCCUUGAGUUGGUUAGAAGGGGUCUAUGGCCCGAUCACACCUCAUUCACCAGCGUAAUAUCGGCCUGCGGCCACGUGAGGGACUUGGAAUUUGGGAAACAAGCUCACGCUUUCUUGGUUAAAAGAGGAUACGGCGUUCACGUCUCGGUUUGCAAUGUCUUGAUGUCGAUGUAUUCCAAGUGUGGGAACAGAGAAGACGCGCGGUUGGUUUACAAGAACAUAGCCAACCCUAAUGUGGUGUCCUUCACAACCAUGCUCUCCAUAGACGAAGAGGACGCUGUUAAUUUGUUCCGGGAGAUGACGAGACGCCAAGUGCACCCGAACGACGUCACGUUCGUGGGAUUAGUACAUGCCGUAACAGAGCACAACAUGAUAAGACAAGGCAUAUCGGUCCACGGAUUUUGCAUAAAGUCAAACUUUCUUUCCGAAACCCACGUGGCCAAUAGCUUCAUAACCAUGUACGGCAAAUUUAAACUAAUGGACGACUGUAUUAAGGUUUUCGAAGAAAUCGGGUGGUUGUGCAGAGAUAUCGUAACGUGGAAUGCCUUCAUAUCUGCCUACACUCACAACGGUAUGUACCAAGAAGCUCUCCACGCGUUCUGGUUGGCCUCAAAUGAACUGCUCCCAAACGCCUACACGUUUGGCAGUGUACUAAGCGCGAUUUCCUCAUCCGAGUCCGUUUCGAUUAGGCAAGGCCAAAGGUGCCAUAGCUACAUACACAAGCUCGGGCUCGACCGGGACCCAGUCUUGUCGGGCGCUCUCCUCGACAUGUACGCAAAGCGUGGGAGCAUACAAGAGUCCUGCAAAAUCUUUGACGAGCUGGCACAAAAGAGCCAGGUAGCGUGGACAGCCAUCCUCUCUGCCCACUCGAGGCACGGGGACCAUGCCUCGGUUAUGGAGUGUUUCGAGAAGAUGGUCUCGGAAGGUGUGAGGCCCGACUCGAUCACGUUCCUCGCCGUCCUUACGUCAUGUGCCCGCAGUGGGACAGUUGACUCGGGAAUCGCGAUAUUCCGGUCGAUGGUGACCGAGCACUCGGUCGAGCCGUGCGCCGAGCAUUACUCGUGUGUCGUGGAUAUGUUGGGCCGGGCGGGCCGACUGGAGGAGGCCGAGGAAUUUGUGGGCCGGAUUCCUGGUGUGCCCGGGGUUUCGGUGCUGCAGAGCCUUCUUGGGGCGUGUAGGGUUUAUGGGAAUGUGGAGAUGGGGAUUAGGAUUUCGGAGGCCCUGAUGGGGAUGGAGGCCGGUGGGUCGGGGUCGUAUGUGUUGAUGUCGAACCUUUUUGCGGAGCAGGGGAAGUGGGAGAGGGCGGCCAAGGUGAGGAGGAUGAUGAGGGAGAGAGAGGUGUCCAAGGAGGUGGGGUUCAGUUGGGCGGAUGUUGGUGGUUCAGGUUGCUUGCACGGGUUCUCCUCGGGGGACAAAUCUCAUCCACUGUCUCACGAGAUAUAUGAGAUGGCUGAGUUGCUGGGGUUGGAAAUGAAGAGAAGAAGGGAGACAAUAGAGGAUAUGAUCGUUUGA